GGCAGCGGUUGACCGGCGCCCUGGCGUUAUCAAAUGCAAAAAUGUCUGGGUCAGGAAGAUUUCGAGAUUUGUCAUGCAUAUUUUCCAUGAGCCAUGAUGUCUGUGAUGCAUGCCGUAGCAUCACAGAUUUUUAGAGGGCUUUCCGAUACCUCUACUGCAUGAGAAAUGCCCUCUCCGCGUAGGACAAAAUGGAGGCCUCUUGCUGGUCAUGCAAUACAAAUUUUUUUAGAAUCCAGAGACAGCAUCACAAGUUCCAACCUUCCAGACCUAGACAUUUUUGGAUUUGAUAGGCGUAUGACGAGGACGAUGAGACGAAGCACACGGUGGAGCACAUCCUGGCUUUGACAGUAUCCUGUCCAAAAUUAUCGUACUCGUAUUGCAAUCAUGCAUUACAAACUUUUUUCUCUUGGGUAAUCCGCAUUACAAAUUUGAUUUUCAUGCUGGAUUUGUAAUGCAUUUAUACGAGUACGAUACUUUUGCAAUGCAUAGACAGAGCACGGGAACAACAAUAACCCGCACUACAACGUCACCCCCUUGGACAAGCAAACUGUUAUCGAAAAGCAAGCGGAAAUUUCCAUGUGGCGGCAGAUGGAUUUCGUGAAUAUGCUAGCGGCGUUGAUGGGCAACUACCAGAUGGGCGCGGGGAGGGCAGCAGCUCGAGGAGCACCAAACCCGGGUAGUUCCGCCGCUGGCGCGACAUCCACCUUAGUGCAGCUGCAGGCGGAGGCACUCUGGGCGUCUUUGCUGCCGGU